GCUUCAGUCUCUGCUUGGGACGCGAAGGUUCAAGAGCGCGGCUUUACGAACGGAUCCUCUCGGAUUACGCGAGGCGCGCAUAUACAGAGAGAGAGAGAGAGAGAGAGAAAGAGAAAGAGAAUAUAUACACACAAAUAGAUAACGGCGAUUCUCAUAGUUGACAUCGUUCACGUUCCUUACGCAGAUGCCAAAAGAGGAAGAAUUCGAAUUUGGAGACAACGAAGAAAUCACUAAUCGAGCGACGCAAUUCACACACGCUCGCUACUCUCGGGAAAUUUCGUGAUGUAGGCGUUCGAGUAGCAAUCAUAGUGACAGAGCCUACCUCCCGCUCGUGGUUGCUUCGACGAAGAGGUUAGACGCGCGUUAUACGCAUUUUCCGACUCCCGGCUCGGUGAAUAUACGUAUAUAAAUAUAUACACGUACAUAGAUAAUAUUCCGGUGUGGCUCAUGCGAAUUUUCUCGCGAGUGUUCAUCGUCAAUCGCUUCAGAGGAUCCUCGCUCUGCUAAACAACGCAUUCACAUCGUAAGAAUCAUCGAUCAUGGCGGUACUACUGGAAGCCAGGCCUUACAGGCCUUUCAAAUCUUCAGAGGAGUAUUUGGUCGCGAUGAAGGAGGACUUGGCCGAAUGGUUGAAUGCACUUUAUCCGGAACUUAGAAUCAAUGUUGACAAUUUUAUGGAUCGAUUGGACACUGGCGUGGCAUUAUGCAAACACGCAAACAACGUAAGAAAAUCCGCAGCGGAAUACGUGGCACGUCGGCAAGCACGGAAAAUCUCGAUGACACGUUCGAUAACGUCGUCAUUGGCGUUACCAAUGUCCCAACUGAGCGACGUCGCCUUUUUGCCGAACGCAAAAGCAGGAACCUUCUUUGCACGUGACAACGUCUCAAAUUUCAUUGGUUGGUGCCGUAACAGUCUUGGUAUCAUCGAAUGUCUUCUCUUCGAGACCGAUGAUCUGAUAAUGCGGAAGAACGAGAGGCACGUGAUACUCUGCAUGCUCGAGGUAGCAAGACGCGGUGCAAAAUUUGGUAUGCUCGCACCGAUGUUGGUCCAAAUGGAAAGACAGAUCGAUCGUGAGAUCGCUGCUGAAAACAAAGCUGCCAACGGUACGCAAGCCAAUGGUAAUUCGAACGAGGACAGCGACGACGAAUACGCCGACAUGCAUCAGGAAGAACCUUGCCUCAUUUACGGUCCUCAGCCACAGAUCGUUACUAACGAUCUCAAGAGUCUCGACGAGAUGGUUCGAGAUUUAGUCGAGAGAUGCACCUGUCCGACGCAAUUCCCAAUGAUUCGAGUAUCCGAAGGGAAAUAUCGUAUUGGAGACACCAAAGUUCUCAUAUUCGUUCGUAUUCUACGUAGUCACGUGAUGGUACGAGUUGGUGGUGGUUGGGACACUCUCAGUCAUUAUUUGGACAAACACGAUCCUUGUCGAUGUAGAACUUCACAUCGUUCGAUGAUUUCCGCAAAAUUGAUUCAAAAAGCCGGUGGCUCGUUCGAUCUUGGCAGUGCGCAGGUGCAUUACGAAAGAUCACCUCCAAGGACUCGAAGAAGUUCCGCGUCUAGCGUUGGUUCUUGCGCUGGCACGACGUUACAGAAUCAGCAAUCAGCAGCAGCGGCAGCAGCAGCUGCUGCUGCUGCUGCAGCAGCAACAACUGCAGCUAUAGGUACUAUUGGACAGCUGCACGCGCCCAGAAGCGUUUCAAGCAAUCGUUCGAGAUCGCCCACACCUCAGCAAACCAAUAAACACCAUCACCAACACCAAUAUCACCAUCAUCAGCAACAACAACAACAGCUGGGAGAUGAUCAACAGAGAAAGAUAAAUCGUUCGAGGAGUCCAACUCCUCAGAGGAAAUUUUUAAACAGUCCGAGUCAUCAUCAACAAGGAACAAAUAUUGGCGACUUAGGGAAACAAAGAUCAAGGUCACCCACUCCUAAGGUAAUCUUGAGAUCUAGAAGUCCAACUCCCAAGGUUGACCAACAACAUGUCAAGAUCGCCAGUAGUGUCGUUGACUCACCCAGAAAGAUCUUCAAUGACGAUUCUCGAACUCUCGCCAGUCAGGCCAAACAUUCGUCGGAUCCGAAGAGAGAGUUGCACCAGGAGAUCAAAGCGAAAGUGCCGCUUUCGGAAGAGUUCACGAAGAGAUACGUGGUUGAUGGCGGAGUAGCACGAAGGGCGGUCGAAAGGGAGGACACACCGAAAUACGAGCCAACGAUUUACAAUUACAAGUGCCGAGAGGAUUCGAGCAGUCGUAGCCCUACUCCAAGUCCACCCGCCAUUAAGGAAGAACCAGCAUUGGAAAGUUUUACAAAGGACACCACCACGGUCACCUCCAAUGUUCAUUACGCAAAAUCACUUCACGGCGAUGGGGAACAUUCGGACAAUUGCAGCGAAGUAUCCGACGAGGGCUAUCGAAGUCUUGGUGCCGUUCAACCAUCAACGGCCAAUGGAAAUUCUGCUCCCAACGCCCAAUCUUCACCGACGGUUGCCGAUUCUCAAAAGCAACCCAUGAAAACGGAGCAGCAAAACGAGGAGAGAUCUUGCGUAGAGACCGAAAGUAUCGAGACCGGUCUACGAAAGACUAGAAUAGGGCCGGGUAGUCCAUUGAGAGCGUCACCAGCGAGAAGCGUGGCCUCUUCUUCCGGUGACAGAACGCCGAGAGCUGGCUCGGUAAUACGAGAGAACAGUAACGUAUCGAGAGCAUCGUCGGGUAGCAGGACGCCAAGGGAAAGUAAUUCCAGUCCGGAAGGGAGUCCAUUGAAACGUGGGACGAUUAGAAACAGUUUACGAAAGCCACCAACUGGUAGUCUGAGUAAAGCUUCGGCGUUACCGAAGUCCAGUCAUCUUAGCACCAGCGGUAGCAAUACGUGGAACGGUCGACAGGCUAGACAGAGGCCUAGUUUGCAAUCCGACACCUUUUUGAAUCCACAAGGAUCGGCAACUUGCGCGACUACGCCGAGCUUUUCGAGAAAGAGCACGGUUAGACAGAGUUUACCCAGGCCUGCUAGCAACGGUGCACCGCAGUACGAUAGAAACGGUCGUAGAAUCAAACAAUCUGCAACCGGUUCGCUCCAAUCGUCACCGACCAAAGUGGCCAAUCCUUUGUUGGAACAGAUCCUACAGAAAGUUGGACACUUGCGGGACGAUCGCGAGGUCGUACAAAAAUUGCAGGAUCUUUUGAGGGAUUAUCAGGUUAACAGUCUCGGUGAGAACGAUCCUACUCUUGAAUUUACCAGAGCCUGGAUAGACGGUAAUGGAACCGUUGCUCUUCCUCAAGAUAGUCAAAUAGUUGCAAGCCCGAGAAAGGAUCCCAAGGCGGCUUCCGAAAGAGGUGGCUUCUCGAGAAUACCAGCACCCAUUUACAAAAGGCCCAUGUCCGUCGCUUCGGACAGUGUCUGAGAAUGGUCCUUUAUCCUUAACCGGGAAUACGAUCGCUCGUCAUCGGUUAUAUCAUUUCGCGAUAUACCGAUUCGGUGAUCCCAACGAAAUAUAUUUUUUUCUCUUGAAUCUUCUCUUGCUUGCAACGACGGUAAUAAACGUUUUAUUAUCAAAACGAUAUCGUCUUCGUCGGUCGUAAGCAACGGAUUAUCUUUGUAAUGUCUAACGAGAAGAAAAAAUUUAACAAAACCACUAUGGUGCACGGAUUAAUCGGUAUCUUACGACGAAUGAUUUUUUAAACGACGACGACGACGACGACGACGAUGAAUGAUAAUUAAUUACGAUGCCGGUGCUCGGACGAUGAUGGUGCUUGAACGAUACGCGACGUAUGUACGUAUUUCGAUUUCGUAGAAUUUCUCGGCGAAUUACCUUGUCGAACGAACUGAAUGAACGAAAUCAAUGAUCAAUAACGAGAUCCGAUAUUAUGGAAGAACGGCUAAUUUUAAUAAAGGUAUUGCCGAUCUUGCGUACUAUAAUUACUAUUACUACUACACUACUACUAUACUAUUACUACUGCUACUACUACGAUAACUUCCCGAUCGAACUCGUACUUGAAAGGGACGACUCUCUUCUUUUUUUUUUUCCACGAACGAAACGAGCCUAAUCUCUUGAUCGAUUGAUUAUCGACGCCGAGCAAAAUAAAUACAAAUGAUAUUAGAAAAAAAAUUGAAGGAAAAAAAGAAAAAAUACGAACACGAUAAAUCGAGAUAUACCUUGUAAUCUUUGAAUCGAUCAUUCUCUUUCGAUAAGCUCGACUCACUAGAUAUCAUCGACGCUAUCGAGAACAGGUGUUAAAGGUAAGACAGUGACAGAAAGAAAAAGAGAGAGAGAGAGAGAGAGAAAAGAGAAUAAGCUCGUUUCUUCGAAAAAAGGAGAGAACAUUUGCGCGUUUCCGUGGGUCGGCUCGACCCUUCAAGGUCGAUCUCUCGAAAACUCGAGGUGUAGCGCGUCACGGUGCUUUUUUUAGAUUAGUAAGCGGGAUCGACGACGACGACGAACCAACCCAUGCUCUUCUCGGUUCUCGGUUCUCCAAUCAAAGUUUUCCUCGUUAACCAUAUAAUAUAAUACGUACAUAGUAUAAUAUUUUACGAUAUUCGUCGAUCUUCAAACCCACGCUUUUUAUUAAUCCCUCCAUACUUUCUCUACAUCUUCAUCUCCCUCUCCUCCUACCUUUACCUUUCAUCUCUACCUCUCACCUCUGACCUCAUCUAAUUUUUCCUUUCGAAACGAUACACGUACACGAAAUGAUGCAUGCCUUAAAUCAGAGACAGACUUUGCUCGUCGUCGAUCGUCGCCAUCGCGCGAUCCGUGUGCGUUUCUUAUUGAAAUUAUUUAUUUUAUAUAGUCUAUCGGUUGUAUUUAUUGAACAGAGAGAUAGAUAGAGUCAGAGAGAGAGAGAGAGAGAGAGACAGAAAGAAAAAGAGAGAAAGAGAAAGAGAGAAUUUAUUUACGCGUUAAGACCUCGUUUGUCAGACCUGACCAAUCGCGUGAUGUGCUCAAGGACGAAGAGACACACGAAUUUUUCGAUAAAGAAGCUCGAGAAAAAAAUUUACCAAAAAAAGAAACAAAAAUAAAGAUUGCAAUUUUCGUCCUUCUUCUCUUUCUCUCGAACUCUCGAACUCUCGUCUCGCUCGUUUCUAACGUUGUCGGAUAUUUCGAAGGAAGUAAUUAUUUAGAAUUUGUCUGGGUAAAUAUCCUUCGUGUUGAAGAAUGAUGGAAAUUUAAUCAAAGUCUUUAUCGAAAAUUUUAUCAUAGAUACGUACAUUUACGCGCAAGUAUACGCAUUGACAAGCGAGCAUUUAUAUAUAUACACUUUAUUCCUCUUUAACCCUUAUCCUCAACCUUCACCCCUCACCUCUUAACCCUAAAACCCUUUUAUAUCCUUCUUCUACAGAUAAGACCUCUUUUGAAAGGAGAGAGAGAGAAAGAGAGAGAGAGAGAGAGAGAAAGAGAAAGAGAGAAAGAUAACACAAUAACAAUAUACGAAAUACAUAUACAUAUAUAUCGUGUAGAUAGCAACAUGACGGUGUCGGUGUGCGGACGAAUACCAUUCCAAUGUUUAACUGUUUUUUAUACCAAACGCGAUAGUAGACCAUUUUUUACACAGAUUACCAAGUGUCUUAGAAAAGAAAGAAGGAAAGCGACAGAGGGAGAGAGAGAGAGAGAAAGA